AUGGAACACAGUCCAGUCAUAGAGGAAUCAGCUCUUAAAGCACUGCAAAUCCCUACAGAUGGGACGGAUGUGUGGGAAAUUGAUGUAAAGCAACUGAAGUUUGGUGAUAAAGUAGCAUCUGGGACUUAUGGUGAUCUGUAAGUUGUUGUAAUAUGAACUGAGUUGUGUUUGUGUUAGUUCUACAGAUUCACUACUUAAAUGGUGGAAAUCCUUUUCAGCUAUAGGGGGUCCUACUGUAGCCAGGAUGUAGCCAUCAAAGUAUUGAAGCCUGAACGCAUAAAUAAGGAAAUGCAGCGGGAAUUUGCACAGGAGGUCUACAUUAUGAGGUUUGAAUUGAAAGAUUUCUCAAUUUACCUUCGAUUCAGAAUUCCGCGCAGUAGUUUGCCAGAUCAUGUUGGUUGAAGUUCCACCCCUGUUUGGAGUGAUCAUCAUCUCGUGUCCUGCCGGUUGCCUUUCUCAAUCUCGCAGACCUUCAACAGUAGGGUCACCUAUUUGGAACUUGGUUCAUGUUUAAUCUCUGGAAAUGUUGUAAACAUUCAUGUUAAUCCAUAGCAUGUUCUCUGGCUAAAAUUUAACGUUUUUGGAUUUUUUUUGUUUAAAAAGAACCAAUUUAGAAGACAUCUGUGAAGAAGUAGCAAACCAGCUUAAUGAACUUAUAGAGACAGAAGAGAGCCAAGGUAGUCCCGUUCAACUGCUUGUGGAGGCUAGAUAUGCUAAACAUUACAGAAACCGCAUGAAAAUAUUUUCUGUUCAGUUUUUUUUUUUUAAUGCAUGUUCUUAGUUCUUGCAUCCAACACGUGAAGAGAAAGAAAGAUCCGUGCAGUUCUCCUAAGGAAUUUGCUUCCUCAUGUUUUGACUGCUGCUCCAUUUAUUACAGGAAAGUUCGCCACAAGAAUGUUGUGCAGUUUAUUGGAUCGUGCACCAGGCCCCCAAAUCUGUACAUCAUCACAGGUACGAGUGCUAGGGGUUUCUGGGGAUGCGUUUCUGCCUCCUUUUCGUGAACUAAUUCCAGUUCAUGUGGCGCUUUUUUGCUCUCAGAGUUCAUGACUGGAGGGAGUGUAUAUGAUUUUCUUCAUAAACAGAGGGGCGUCUUCAAACUCCCUGCUUUACUCAGAGUGGCGAUUGACAUAUCCAAAGGGAUGAACUAUAUGCACCAAAAUAAUAUCAUCCACAGGGAUCUGAAGACCGCCAAUCUUCUAAUUGAUGAACAUGAGGUAAAGCCUUCUUCUGUGACAUAAGUUAAUGUAAUGCUGUUGCUUUCACAGUUCUCAUUUGAUCCCAUAAAAUAAACACUCGAGUAAUCUUGCAUCUACAUUUCAGGGUAUGAAUCUUUCUCAAGUUGUGGGUUUUUUUUUUUUUUUUUCACGUCUGUCUUUUCUGAUGCCAGUAGGUCUGUCCCAUGUGCUUUCAAGGUUGGCUCACGCCAUGUCUCCUCGCACACUUUAAAAAAAAAACCCAUUUCUUGAUAUAAUAAAACAGAGGGUUUGCUAAUGCACCUGUGUUUCAUUGCUUCAGGUUGUCAAGGUCGCUGAUUUCGGGGUUGCUAGAGUUAAAUCUCAGUCUGGAGUUAUGACUGCUGAAACUGGAACAUAUCGGUGGAUGGCUCCUGAGGUAACUGGUGGAUCCCUGCUAUGAUAAUUUGGGAAAGAUGUGUAACUGUUCAACUGUGACCAAAUUUCGCAUGCCAAAAAACAUUGCAAGAAUGGUCAAUGAAUGAUCCCAUCCCUAUAGUUCCGGAAAAUAUUAAUGGGAGAAGAUGAAAGCCCAUCAUAUUUAUGUCUGAUGACAUGAUUUGAUGUUAAAAUUAGUCCUUUCACAAUCUGCAUGACGAGGUCUGUUAUUCUCUUUCAUCGGUGAAAUGGCUCUUCUUUCCAGAGAUUUCAUGCUCGCUGUAUUCUUCGUUCCAGUGUUCUCGUCUCCUUUGUCUGUGCUCACCCCUCCGAACAUUAUUAUUAUUAUUCUUGUUAUACUAAAGAAUAAAACAUUCCUUUUGAUCUAACUGACGACACUCGAAAUCUUUUCAUUUCCCAGGCUGGAACUGAUCAUCGACCUGUUCAAUGCCUAAAAUUAUUCAAUAAUAUUCAAUAAAGAUAUUCUACUUCUUUCAAUUGCUUGCUAUCCAUGUAAUCAGCCUUUUUAUGCUUUAUUAAUGCCAUUAAUUUUUUUUUGUUUCCCUGAAAUAUUGUAAUCAUUCGUCAUCUUCCUCUCCUCGUUUGAAGGUCAUUGAACACAAACCUUAUGAUCACAAAGCUGAUGUCUUCAGCUUUGCCAUUGUGCUGUGGGAGCUGCUUACUGGAAAGGUAGUCUUCCAUUCCCUCCCGUGGUUUCAUCUUACAUGCUCAAGAUCAACAGCCUAGUUAACUUGGGUUGCUCUAAUGAUUUCAGGUCCCCUAUGAGUAUCUGACACCAUUGCAAGCAGCAGUCGGAGUUGUUCAAAAGGUAUGACUUUGAUUUCAUCUGUUUAUCGUUGCCCUAGAACAUAAUCACUCAGGGGACCUGUAUUUUUAUUUCGGAACGUGUUCUUGAAGGUUUCUAUUGCUAGUCAGUCGCAGUAUAGAAUCCUUCCCGUGAUUUCUAGGGUUUUCGAGGCCGAGCAUUCCAGAAGAUAGGUUUUCACCUAGGUUUUCCAACACGAUCGUCACCUUCCCUCGUGUUUUUAUAAAGAAUCGCGUGCUUGAGCGAGGAAAGAAAGGUGGGGGAGGGGGAUUCUAUCUAACUCGUCCGGUGAUUUCUAGGGUUUGAGGCCUACCAUUCCGAAGAGCACCCAUCCGAAGCUGAAGGAGCUGCUCGAGCGAUGCUGGCAGCAGGAUCCGAGCGAAAGGCCCGACUUCUCGGAGAUCUUGGAGAACCUUCGGCACAUCGCCAAAGAGGUACAUCAUUAA